UUUCGGAAUAAAACAAUUAUAUCAAACUAUUAUACGUAAUCCAUAAGGCAUGUGGAUCCGUGCUCUGCUCUUUAUAAACAAACCAAAAGUCUCCGUCUCUCUCAUUAAAAUCAUCCACUGGUCACUCUCUCUCUCUUUCUCUGAAGAGAUUAUAGAUAAAAACACAUUUACAUUUACAUAUACAUAUAUAGUGAGAGAGUGAUGGAGCUAAGGUAUUGGCGGAGGCCGAGAGGAUACGAAAGGCUAGAUGGGUCGUCGGCGAAGAAGGCGAAAUCGGGUCGGAGAAAUGUGAAGCGGGUCAAAAUGGAUCGGACCCGGAAGAGACGGUUUUGGAGGAUCAAGAUAGUGCCGAAGCUGAGGAUCUUGAAAAGGGCGUCUCCUAAGAAGCUUUUAACGUGGCUUCGAGAUGCUUACGUCAAUAUGAUGCUUCGCCUCGCGAAUUCUCGGGUCAUCGGCUCGUCCUACGGGUACGGGUCGGGUUUAGCGUCGAGGGAGUAUGAUGAGAAGAAGCUGGUGGAGAUUUACAAGUCGAUAUUGAUGGCGCAGGGGAAUCUCUUGCACCACGACCUACCUAGCAUUUCCUCCGAUCCGACUGUGAAAAAGGUAAACACUGUGAUAAAGUAC